AUGGCGGAUAAAAGGCACUCGACAACCGAUCCAUCCUGCCGAGGGGCUGGUUCAAGAAGUGGCCUUCCACGCCGGACCUGGCUCGACCGAGAGCCGACCACAAUUCAUACCAUCCGUCCCGGUCCGAUGGAGGCGCCUCGGAGUGCAGGCACAACUCGGCCCGCCCGUUUCAGACUUCUCCGAGAGGUCAGGUCACUCGGAGCGCAAUAUUUCGCGGCCCCAAUCGGGCGAAUAGGCCGGACCUGCCGAAGCACAGCCUCGCUGCCAGAACAAAACAAGCACCCAUACACACACACACACAAAAACACACAUAGACUCGGACUACAAGUGCAGGGUUUAAGAGAGAAGGGCACGAGCGAGUGCGCAGCCUCGACAACUCAACCGCCCAACCUGACCUCGAGGCGAAAGUGA